AUGAACCUGCAGCAGCCGUUAGCCGAGUUGUUGGACUCAGGGGAAGCAUUCGUAGCUAUGUCUGCUGCGCUGUGCAAGAAUUACUGUCUCGGACAUGGCACGAAUUGGGAGCCGGCUGGCAAGUUCACGAUCACAAGUGCAUUUGGUCCUUUGAUCUGGUGA